CUUCCAGCAAAUCUUCACUUUGGUGAUCUGGUGCCUGCUCUGCAUGAACAUUAUGAAGCUGCUCUUCCUCUGCCUGCUUGCAGCGCUGUGCGGCGCCUGGGGCACCACGACCACGACCAGCAACGACAGAAUCCAGGACCUGAGGAAACUACGAGAGGUCCUGAAAGAGCUGCGGACCGUCAACAGGAGCCUGCAGAACAGCGAGCAGAUGCUGAGCAUUCCACCGCAGGACCUGGAGGACUGCUGCUGUGUGUCGGCCUUGCAGUGCUACAGAGACAGCAUGAAGGUUCAUCUCAAUGUGACUGAGAGCAAACAGAAGAAACUGUACAACAGCCUGAAGCACAGCUACACGAUCAGAUCACUGAACUUCUGUAACUCCGGGAAUACGGCGACCACCGUCCCGGCCUGCGAUUCGUAUCCUAAAGAAAAGGCCAGAGACUUCUUGAAACGGCUGGAGUCGCUAAUACAAAGGGUGAAGCCAUUCUCCACCUUUCUCAUAUCAAAGCAUGUGUUUAGUCCACGGCUCCAUGCAGCAGAUGGAAUUAAAGCCCUGUUCCUCCUCCUUUAGGCUGUAUCCAACCUGACGAAGAACUGAGACGCCGAGACGAGCUGGACAGAGGACACUACACUGACAAGCAGCUGGUUUUAACCUUUCAUAUUUAACUUAUUUAAUAUUUAUUCAGACUAUGCAGGAGACUCACUGAGGCUAUGAAGAAUGUAUUCUGACUAAAGCUGCUUUGAAGCCACCCAGUGAACGGGGCAGGUCUGACACCUGACUGAGAGAGAGAAUCCUCUUUAUGGCGUCCCUCUUACACAACAGAAAACCACAAUUCGCACCGAAGCAGUGGGAUUAUAUGAAGCAGACUACCGGCCAUGUGUUUUUUUGAGUUUCCUAUUUGUAAUGUAACUGUAUUUGUAACUUAAUGAAAAAGCUUUGACUUGAAGAUGACCAAUCAGAUUUUGAAGAAGGGUAAAACUCUUCUGUAUGAGAUGCUGUAAUCUGCAGACUGUAUAAUUCUACCUCAUGAAUGAUUCUGUUAUACAGAGAACAAACUGAUGGAUU